CUGGGCGCCGUUGGCCGCCGGAAGCGGCAGGAGGCGGCGUGGGACCGGCGAGCGGCUGCGGCGCGGGCAGCGGAGCAGCUCCGGCCCUUUCCUUCCUUCCUCCUUCCCUCCCCCUGCUCCUCGCACGGACGGCGGAGCGAUGAGCGGCCUCCGAGCGCCACGCGGUGUCCCCGCGUCUCCUGGCCGCCUGCUUCUAAUGCUGGGGCUGCUGCUGGUCGGCGUCGCCGCUGCGGAAUGCGAGCUGGAAGCUGCGGACGUGCACGGUGGGCGGCGGGGAACGCGAGGAAGCACCGCCGCCUCUUCCUCCACCUCUCCCGCGGCGGACGGAGCGGCCGUUGUGUCAGAUCCCUGCAGUUCUCUCAGCCCACCGUGCUUUACUGAGGAGGACCGGUUCAGUCUGGAAGCUCUUCGCAUGAUCCAUAAACAAAUGGAUGAUGACAAAGAUGGUGGAAUUGAAGUAGAUGAAAGUGAUGAGUUUCUAAGGGAAGAUAUGCAGUAUAAGGAUGCUUCUAAUAAACAUAGCCAUCUGCAUAGAGAAGACAAGCAUAUCACUAUUGAGGAUCUGUGGAGACGAUGGAAAACAUCUGAAGUUCAUAACUGGACUCAAGAGGACACUCUUCAGUGGCUGUCAGAAUUUGUUGAACUGCCCCAGUAUGAAAAGAAUUUCAGGGAGAGCAACGUUAAUGGAACAACACUUCCCAGGAUAGCAGUAAAUGAACAUGCUUUCAUGAUUUCUCACCUGAAAAUAAUUGACCGGAGCCAUAGACAGAAACUUCAGCUCAAAGCCUUGGAUGUUGUUUUAUUUGGACCUCUUACACGUCCCCCUCACAACUGGAUGAAGGAUUUUGUAUUAACAGUUUCCAUAGUUAUUGGUUUUGGAGGCUGCUGGUUUGCAUAUACACAGAACAGAACCUCAAAAGAACACAUCACAAAAAUGAUGAAGGACUUGGAAAGUCUGCAAACAGCAGAACAAAGUCUUCUUGACUUGCAGGAAAGGCUUGAAAAAGCACAGGAAGAGAAUAGAAAUGUAGCUGUGGAAAAGCAAAAUCUGGAGCGCAAAAUGAUGGAUGAGAUCAAUGAUGCCAAACGAGAAGCUCAUCGCCUAAGGGAGUUGAGGGAGGGAGCUGAAUGUGAGCUCAGCAGGCUCAAAUAUGCAGAGGAGGAGCUGGUGCAGGUGCGCAUGGCUUUAAAAAAGGCUGAGAAGGAAUUUGAGCUGAGAAGCAAUUGGUCUGUUCCUGAAGCAUUGCAGAAGUGGCUUCAGUUAACGCAUGAAGUGGAAGUACAAUAUUACAAUAUCAAAAGACAGCAUGCUGAAAUGCAAUUAGCAAUCGCCAAAGAUGAGGCAGAAAAGAUAAAAAAGAAGAGAAGCACUGUGUUUGGAACAUUACAUGUUGCUCACAGCUCUUCACUGGAUGAAGUGGACCAUAAAAUCCUUGAAGCCAAGAAAGCACUGUCCGAGUUGACAACCUGCUUGCGGGAGCGUCUUUAUCGAUGGCAACAGAUUGAGAAGAUUUGUGGUUUUCAAAUAGCGCACAAUUCUGGGCUACCCAGCUUGACCUCCUCUCUCUACUCUGAUCACAGCUGGGUAGUUAUGCCCCGAGUCUCCAUUCCUCCUUAUCCAAUUGCAGGGGGAGUUGAUGACUUAGAUGAAGAUACUCCUCCAAUAGUUUCACAGUUUCACGGGUCCAUUGUAAAACCUCCAAGCACACUGGCAAGAAGCAGUAGCUUGUGUCGAUCAAGACGCAAUGUUGUGCCAUCAUCUCCACAGUCUCAGCAUGCUUUGCACUCCCCUGACCCUGACAUCCUUUCUGUGUCGAGCUGUCCAGCUCUUUAUCGAACUGAAGAGGAGGAGGAAGCCAUUUACUUCUCUGCUGAUAAACAAUGGGAAGUACAGGAAACAGGUUCGGAAUGUGACUCGUUAAAUUCGUCCAUUGGAAGGAAGCAGUCUCCUCCAUCUAGUCUUGAGAUGUACCAGACGCUUUCUCCUCAGAAAGUAUCCCGGGAAGAACUCUCACUGGAGGAAUCAUCUACAGGAGACUCUUCUCUAACUGCAGAUAUAUCUAGGGGCUCUCCUGACUGUGUAGGCAUGGCAGAAACUAAAAGCAUGAUUUUUAGCCCUGCAAGCAAAGUUUAUAAUGGAAUUCUGGAGAAGUCCUGCAGCAUGAACCAGCUUUCAAGUGGAAUCCCAGUUGUAAAGCCUCGGCACACCUCAUGCUCUUCAGCCGGCAGUGAUAGUAAACCCAGCCAAGAAGCUUGUUCUGUCCCUAGGAUAAGUAGCAUCCCACAGGACCUGUACCAAAAUGGUGAAAAAAACAAAAAGCCAUCAAAAAUAAAAAGCCUCUUUAAGAAGAAGUGUAAGUGAGGUGGGCAGAAGAAGUCUGUAGUAACAUUAUAAGAACUCUUUUUUUAAAAUCUUUAGGAAUGUAAUUCCAUUUGAGCAUUCCGUUUUCGAAUGGGAUGUUCUCUAGGUCAAGUCUAUUUAACUGACUCUCUUGUCAAAGAUCGUGCCAGCUGUCAAUGAGAAAUCAUUAAAAAUUUCAGACAGUUUACAUUCAUUUCUGCCUAUUUAUUUCUUUUUCCUUUUGUUUAUUCAUAAAUCCUUUUUAAGCCACUUUGGACUUAAAAGCUUUAAUGAACUAGUAAGCCUUCCUGGGCUUGCCAAAGUUUAUUGUUUACUGGAGCAUCUUCCUAUCUUUCCAUAGAGCUAGGACGCUUAUCUACUGGACUUCAAGAAAAAUAAAAAGUAGAAUUAAUUGAAUUGCACUACUGUUUUACAGACUGGAAAAGUCUCUCUGCAAGUGAAACUGAAAGACUUACAUUUGACUGAGAAGACGAAACUUUUCACUUUUAGAUUUUUGGGGUUUUUAAGUAGAACCUAGGAUUUCUAAUUGACUUGAUUUCUGGAAAUGGAAAUGCCACGCUUUUACUAUGGGAAGCUUUGUUAAUGCAUUUAUUACUAGAAUGGUUCAAGUCCUGCUGUAAAGAUAAUGUUUUUCCCAGGACUGUCACUGUGAUUUUACUUCACUGCAGGCUGUAUGAUAAAUUUAUAUAGAUGCGUGUAAUUUAACAAGAGAAGAAGCUCUUGAUUCCUUAUGCAAGUGAUCGAUAUGAAACUUGACUGGGGACUGAAAAUAUUCACCCUCCUAAAAUGAGGAGGGGAUUAGUAGCUUUUGUUUACAGACUGACAGACAACAGACAUCUGGUUUGUGAAAGUUUGUACUGUGGCAAAGAUAAUAAAUUGGAAACAUUAUUGUGCUUUGGGAAUGUUCCAAUUUUAGCUGAUGCUUGUUUCAGACAUAUUUCAGAGUUCUGUUUAUUCAAAGCUCUUGUAGGCUACAUUGCUUAUGCUUACUGCUGUGUAUAAGUUAUUGUUAUAUUUUUUUUUGAUUAGCUAUUAAUGUCUUAAUGUCCUCCUUUUGUAAGAUUUCAUACACUUUAUUUUUGUAUAGUUUGAAGAUUUAGCUGUCCAGACAUGUCUGAAGUAAAUGGUAUAAUUUUAUAAUGCAUACUGUUAUACUAACUCAUAAUUUUAGACAUAAAGGUGAGACUCGACGUGCUUCAGAAAGAGUUUUUGUUGAGCUUUUAUACGCAGAGAUGAAAUUACUAUGAGGUAGCAAGGAAGCCUAUUUAGGGCAACAGUAGCUAAUUGUUGAAAAACUUUUUUUUGUUUAUAAACAGUAGGCAACAACAAAUGUACUGCUUGAGUAACAGUGCCUUUUAUUCAGUUUGUCUGAAAAUGUUAAUACUGAGCAGGAAUUUAUUUUGAGGGUACAUUCCAAAGAAAUAUUUCUUGCUCUAAUGAACACAAGCAAUUUAUCCAGCGAUCACUGAGUUGUUUUAGCUCUUCCAUAGGGGGUAUGCUAGUUGUCUCAGUAAUGGGGUGCCACUGCCAGUAAGUGGCCUGUGAGUAGGGGCUCAUUCCUCGCCAAUAUGUUCAUGCUGUACUGUGUGAAAGAAUUAAUUCACUGACUGCCUAAAUUUUUUUUGCUAUUAAGGAGCCUUUAACAAAACCUGUAGCUAACAGAAGUUGAAUGAUAUGUGUUUCUUUUCUGUAAUUUUCUAUUUAGGUUCCUGUACAUAAAUGAUAUGUUCUGUCCUUAGUAAGUAGUGGUGAUGUUAACAGAAGUGUUUACAAUGGGGUAGUGAAAUGGUUAGAAGAGGAACAUUAGAAGUUGGGAUGGAGAUGUUUAAGUACCUUAAAAGUCCUGGAACGCUGCUUAAUUCUUGAAGAGAACAGAAAUAAUCCAGAGUUUUGCUGUCUGUCAGGGAGUAUUGAACAUCACCUAUACAAAAAGCUUAGAAAAAUAAAAUAUUUGUGAAGUUUGGAGAAAAGAAAAAGUGGUUGAAUAGAAAAUAACGAAACUGUAUUGUUCUCUGAAUCAUUACUGAACAGUUAAAACUGCAAAAAUAGUCAUCACAAAGUAGCAGUGAUUGCUUGCUCUGUCCUUGUUAGGCUGUACUAAAGCACCUAUGUAAAAAGACUUUUGCCAGGGUGAACCACCUCAAUGCUGAGUCUUCAGAGUCCAUGGUUAAAAGCCUUAUGAAGUACUUGAAAAAUGUAAAAAGGGAAAAUGCGUAAAAUUAAGGAACAAUUUGCUUUCAAAACAAGAUAAAGAAAAAUACUACCAGAAAAAUGUUCAAUUUUUGUCUGCACUUGAGAAGGCUAUAGCAAUAAAUGAGUUUUAAUUAAGAUUUGAGGCUGAAUGGUAGAUGUUGCAAUGUGAAGUUGAUGAAUUGUCUCUACCAUUACCAAAGAAGAUGAAGCAGCUUUUUGAUACUAGAGUGCAAAUAUUUAUUCAUGUUUUACUAAUCACACAGUAGUAGGGGUUGGAAGGGACCUCUGGAGAUAAUUUAGUCCAACUCAUUGCUAAAGCAGUUUCCCUAGAGAACUUGUGUGAAAGUCACGCAAACUCAAAUACUGAAAAGCCAAAUUAAGUUUUCUGUAGUAUUUGUAACUGAAAAGUAGAACAGCAGCAGCGGUAGCUUCUUAAUUGGCUGUGACUUAAAAAAAAAAAAGUAUUAUUUUUAUUAAAAUACACAAUUUUACCAGCUUCUGGAAGAAAAAUGUUAUAGUAUUCUAAAAAUGAGGCUGUCAUAGUGAUAGCUUCUGGAGCACAGACCGCUUUCAACACUCGGUUUAUCACCAGCUGUCCUGCAACUCUAUAGCUGCUACUCAAUAACUAUAACUAAACACUUAAUAUGAUCAGAAGAGGUAAGUAUUGUAUGUUGGAGCAUAAAUUGCAAUUGAUUUAAAUUCAUCAAGCUUUCUCCAUUAUUUAAUUGAGCCCUUAAAGGUUAAUUUGUCCAUAAUAUAAAUGACUUAUGUUCCUGCUGUUAUGACUACUGUAGAAUUUUUUUAUUUAUUUUUUUUUUCCUUCCCCAAACUUUAGGUCUUUUUUUUCCACCCUACUCAAAAAACCUAAAAUUGCCAGGCAUCUGAUGAGGUGGAGGAAGGAAGGAUAUUGAGUUCAUAGACACUGCAGCAGAUCCUCAUUGGUAAACAUCAAAUGCAGCCUCAGCACUGAAGUACCUGAGGUGUGUCAACAUCUCAGAAGUGAGGAGAUUAUAAGCUUUAAAAGGUCCUCCAAAUUUUACCUCUGUUUGCUUAAUGUAAUUUGAAUAAGCUGGCAGCCACUGAGUCCAAUCAGUGAUCCAACCACUAGGACUGCUGUGAGGCUUAGUCAUUUGGGACAAUCUAAUGUCAUCAUUAGGCAUUAGAGCUCCAAACUCUGCAUGGUUGUGAUCAGAGGUGUUUUUUUUUGGUUAGCUUUUUUUUUUUUUGUGUGUGUGUGUGUGUGUGUGUGUGUUGGAACUCUUGUAGCUAAAAUCAUGUUCUAUUUUAAGGUCACCUUCUUCUGAAAGUGAGGAUCUUUGCUUUCUUAAACAUUUCAUUUGAAGUAUCCUUUGUCAGGAUAGAAUGCCCCUUUGUAGAUGCUGUCUAGCCUCUUCAGGGAGGAUUAUGUGUCUGUCUAUGGUGGUUUCAUAUCAAGAAAUAUACUGACAAGUAAACAAAAUGAAAAAACCCAAAGGCCAAACCUUUCCACAGUUCCUUACUGAAAGUUAUGAUUUUUCUCUCUCCUUAUAGCACAAAAACUUUAGUAAAGGUAUUUCUGGUUGCUGUGGGGAAUGCUUUAUGAGCAGCUUAUGGUGGACUUUGUUGAGAUUAAAGCUGUUAUUUUUUUUGGAAUUUGAAAUUGCAUAUGCACAGUUCCAGACACAUACAGUAAACUUUCCUUUUCCCACUUUGCUGAUACCUAGGUAGCGAAUUACUGUGUACUUUCUGAUGGACAGUUGUGUAAUGUGGAAAAAAUUCCAUCAAAUUCUCCAUCAGAGCCUAUCCAUCCUUAUCUGGAAGCAUUGGAACCCAAGAUAUCUUGUGUUUAUUUGUGAUGCGUAUGGAUGCAAGCCUGAGUUGGGCAUUAGUUUCAUGACUAAAUGCAUAAAAUUCAUUAGAAAUGGAAGCCUAAAGUAUUCUGCUUUUUGCCUCUGAAUAUAUGGGAAAGGAGAAUGUGCAGGAGACAGAGCAACUCCAAUCAGCAUAUCUCAUACCACCAGCAUUUACAGCAUCAGGACAAUUUCAUUCUACUUCCAAGACAGGCUGCUGAAGGAUUGCUAUCUAAAUUGUAUAAUAUAUGCGAAUAGGCAUUUAUUUUUCAUUUACUUAGAAACGGGGGAGAAGAAUGCAAAUAUAAACCCAAGUGUUUAACUUAAAUUGUUUGAAGCUGAAUAGUGGAAUUACUGAUUCUUGGACCUCUUUACCAUUUGCUUAUCUCUUUGUGCAGUAUGUUAAGGGUGAUGAACAUAGUUUUAUAAUAUGUUCUAGAUGUGCUGACUGAAGUGAUUUGAGAUUGAAACACAGCUUGCUCCUAAUUGCUCAAGGCAUUUUAAUCCUGGAUGUUGCAUCUUUGUUGAAUAAUGGCUGUUUGCUAAGGCUGUUUGAUUUCGAGUGCUUAUAAACUUUUCUGCUUUUGUCUUUUAAACACAGAUUUGGGUAUAGUCAGUAACAACAGAAAAAGGGACUUGCCUGUAGUGUGUCAUAGCUUGACAUCAUGUAAAUGUUUAGAUAGCAAUACUUUUGAGGCUAAAAUAGUUCAACAAUUUCACGCACAUUUUUAGUAGAUGGCUUUCCCUUCCAACCCACUUGAUGUGGUACUGAUCUGAAACUCUGCCUAGUCCUCUCUUGCAUAAACAAAAGGCACUGAUUCAUGCGAAUUAGAACAGCUUCAAACUAAUGGUUAUUCCCUAUUGCUCUAGCAUCUAAUGUUACCUAAGCAAGAUGGCAGUACUUAUCAAUCCACUGUCUUUCAAAAGUUAAAAUGUAUUUCUUCAAUUUUUGAUCUGUGAGUGGGAGUUCCAUGCUUAACAAAUUUAGAAUGUGUUCCAUAUAUUUCAUGUGUCUCUGAAAUUCUCUUAAAUGGAAAUCGGUUGAUCUCAAGUGUUAUGGGGAAAUCCUUGCUCAAUCACAUACAAUGAAAAAGAAUGCAAAGGCAUGCAUCAUCUGCUACUAUAACAGAAGGCUAAAGGAUAUUCACAGCUCUUGGUGCUGCAGGUUGAGAUAUGCUCAAUCUCAACAUUCAGAUCAGUAACUUUGUUCAAGACAUUAACCUUUGUUUGCAGAGCAAACUCUUCAGGGCACUGCCUUGAUCUAUUCCAUUUUCAAACCAGCUUUAAAUUUGGUAGCUACAGCACUAACUUAAGUGAUUGCCAGACCUCAGAGCAGUUCUGGAUUUCAUUAGUAUGUCUUAAAGGUGACUGUUUAAUGUUGAUGACAUCUGAAUUAACUCUCCUUUACAUUCCUUUUACUUUAAUUCUGCUCAUUUGUUUGCGAUCCUUCUACUGUUAGAAAAACUAUACAUACAGCUAAUGGUAGUUGAUUGUGUUUAGAUUACAGCUUUUUUUUUUUUUUUACUCAGUAAUUGAGAAUUACUUAUAAGUGCUAGAUUUUUUUUUAAAAGACUUAGGUCAUGGCUGGAUAUGGCUGCUUAAACAUUGCUGUACUUCAGUUGAGCCAAGUAUAUCAUUGACUUGUGCGAUUUAUUUCAGUGGUAAAGUUAUCUGUCUUAAAUUGUCUUUCAUUUGUUGUUUUUUUUUAUUUAUUUGUAUCUUAACUUGAUGCUGCCCAAUAUUUUCAGACUUGAAAUAAUUUAAAUUUAAGGUCAGUAUGUCCAGUCUUAUAAAGGUCAGUUUUGAGUUGUCAGCCAUCAGCCCAUUCUUACUGGAUUUAAUUAAAAUCAAUCUUCUGCAGAAACAUCCAUCUUCGAUAUUUGUACUAGCUUAUUAGUUUGUUGGUAGAACAGAUUUCUGGAGGUCUAUUGGUGAAAGGCAGAGAACUGAAUUGAACCAGGUAUCAGCUUUGAGAUCCAUCUCCCAAUAGGAUUGAGUCUCCCCAGGGGAAUGUAGAUGUACCUUACUGCUUGGAACUUUGUAGUUAAUUAUAUUUGGCUAUCUAAUUCUAAUAACUGCAUGUGUGCUGUGCUUGCUUGCUUUUCAGUAUCAGACAAGAACUAUGGGAGUUCUUAGGGGUUUGUUUAAAAGAAAUUCAUGUAACGACAACAACCAAAAAAACCGAGACUGGCAAAAGAUAAUUCUGCCAGGUAUGGACUGAUUUGAACCAACAUCCCAGCUUUUGAUCCAGAAGGCUUGUUUUGUGGAAUGAGUUGCAUAGUGUGUGUGUGUGUUUUCACACUGUUCUCCUGCAAGCAACAGAAAAAUUAAAUUGCCCUAUAUGUCAGCAAGGCUGUUUGGGAAUUGUCUUGCCCUGUUCUUAUUUUCAGUUUAAAAAAGAUUUAGUAGUAAGUGUUCAGCAUAUUAAUGCCUGACUGAAAAGAUUAUCAGAAUUUGAGUGACUUGCAUUGUUUUGUUUAAUUACAGCUUUAUAAAAAUGUAUAUAUCUGCAUAAAGCCUGUCUUUGGUUCUAGGUUUUUUUUCCAAUGACAUAAUAAUAAGAGGACCAAGACAAAUAAAUGUGUACACAGCUUAAAUCUUAUUCAAAAGGCUUUACUGUUCUGGGAAGAUAUGUUGUCCUCCAUGCAGAUUCUGCUCUUCCUCUAUUUACUUCUGUUUGUUUUUGUUAACUGAACUGAAGUAAGAAACAAAGCCCUGGGACUGACUAGCUUCUGUCUCUCUAGUAUAUACACACUAUACUUACUUUUGACUUCAUCUACUGCAUGUUGUUAAGGCUGUACAAAAAUGCAGUUGGAGUAUUUCUUUGGUGUUGUACAGCAUGAUGCAUUUCAUUCCCCUUUCUAGUUUACCUCCCAUUAGCUAUAUAUUGCUUUACAACUGGAAAAAAAGAAAACACAACACAAAAACAAACAAAAAAAUCCCUGCAACCCAACACUUGAGUUUUUGGGAAUUGAGUCUUUGUUUGCAUAUAUUUUUCUGUGAGUCUUAUGAGAAAUGUCCUGCUUGGAGAGUCUCAGACAGUAUUUUCUUAUGUUUAUUCAUGUUGUUUUGCUUUAUUUUAUAAGUGGAUAUUGAUUUCUGAUGUGUUGUUACACUUAAUGUUGAAUAAAUCUUACUUCCAUUUUGAAAAGUGAAAA